CGAGGACCGAGGAGUCACAACGCCGGGGCCCUCGUCGAACACUCCAGGGCCGAUCGCGAGCCUAGUCUCGUUCUUCCCGAGCAGCGGUACGCCAGCGGCAAACCGCGCGCCGCUGCGCAUCAGCACAGACCACUCCGCCGAGCAGAGUUCCCGCCUGCUCGCAUCUCUGCACUGCGUCUAGAGAGUGCCACUCUGUGUCCGCAGCCGCGAGGGCCACUCGAGCGCUGGCCUGCACCUCCCAUCGGGGACGCCACCUUCAACCGCUUCUGGACUCUCUGCAGGAAUUCAUUCGAUCAACAUGCUCAAACUCGAGUUCGUGCCGGCCGCCGGUGACAAGCUCGUGCUCAAGCUCUCUCCUCCGCCGCCGCUUGCUGACAAGCAGGCGUCUCUGGCGGACAACACGACUGUCAUCGACUCUGGUGGCGGAGGCAACGCCGUCGGCAUCCCCUCCGAGCCCGUCUCGCUCAAGGAUGGCAUCGAUACCGGCACCGGCGGCACCGGCACCGCCAGCACCGGCACCGGCAACGGCCCGCCCGAGGGCGAGCCCGGCCCGCUCAAGGACGGCAUUGACGCGGGCGGCGGCAACGUCGCGGGCGAGUGUUGUCGCCGAUAAAGUCCUUCGCGAAGGUCGGAAUCGUGCCGGCUGACGACGGCCGCAUCACGCUCGUCAUCUCCGCGUCGGUGUCGCCUUCGCUCCUCGGAGCCAAGGCGUGCGGCGUCAAGAACGUCAACAUCUCCGUGGCAAAGUCUGGCCCGGACGGCGUCCUCAAGAAGGACUCGGCCGCGGAAAAGGCGCCCGACGCGGGCGCGGUCGACUCGGACAAGGCCAAGGCCAUGUUUGCCGCCCACGCGCCGAGCCCCGCUGUUUUCUGGUCCACCGGCGCGCCGCGCGCAUGCGAUUAACAAGUGCUCUCCCCACCAGCUGCACCACAACACCACCUUGUCAGGAAAACAAAGAAAGCCGUCCGGCUCCGCCUGAAUUGCCACUCGCCACACGGCAGGUGCGCCAGCUGUCGAACUGACCCGCAGCUCCUCUCAGAGCGGGAACUGUGACAAAAGUUGACUGAGGCGGUUGUCAGGAAUCAUCAUACGGAUCACAUGGUGGCUC